CGGCCCCGGGCGGGAUGGGGGCGUGGGGAGAGGCGAGCCCCUCAGUCCGCGGCGGACGCGUCCACCCCCGGGGCCUCUCGCGGUCCCGCUAGAGCUGGGUCGAACCGGGCCACCCCCCGCGUCCGGGCAUCCCACAGGGGUGGGGCAGAGAAGGCGCCCCCCAGCAUCACACGUUUUUCUGGGUCAGGCGUUUCUGUGGGACUCCCACAAACCAACUGCCAUCUGGCCUGUUUUUUUGUGCAUGUGGAAUAGAUAGUUCAAACUGUACUGAAUAUUUAAAAGAUCAACCGUGAAUGCUGAAUUUAGAAGUUCCCUACUAAAUCGAAUCCACAAUCACUUAAAAUCCAUCCCCUAAAAAUGAAGCACCAAAAGAAAACUCUCAAUGGCAAAAUUAAAAAGCAAAGAAGGUGGAAGAACACCCACCCAGGAAGCAACCUUCAGUGACCAGCUGAAAGGGAACCUGGAGCGGUAACAGCAGGAGAAGUCUGGCGAGUGAUGCCCUGAAAAUGAACGGGUGCUUCGAAGGUGUUGGGCUGCGAUGCCUUUUUAAGGGCGUCAGCACGGCUGCUCCCAAGCCCCCCAGAUACCUCCUUGUCUUUGACUUUGAUGAGACAAUCAUCAAUGAAAACAGCGACGACUCAGUCAUCAAGGCGGCUCCGGGACAGGCGCUUCCAGAGCAUAUCCGGCAGACCUUCCGGGACGGCUUCUACAACGAGUACAUGCAGCGUGUCUUCGAGUACCUGGGAGACCAGGGGGUGAAGAUGCUGAACUACAAAACAGUCUAUGAGAACAUCCCGCUGUCUCCUGGGAUGCCAGAGCUCUUUCAGUUCCUCUCCAAGAACCAGGACCAGUUUGAGAUCAUCCUCCUCUCUGAUGCCAACAUGUUUGGCAUCGAGUGCUCUUUGAGAGCUGCGGGCGUCUACUCCCUCUUCCGCAAAAUCUUUAGCAACCCCUCCGGGUUUGACAAGAGAGGCUACCUCACCUUGGGGCCCUAUCACACUCACAAGUGCCCCCAGUGUCCGGCCAACAUGUGCAAGCGCAAAAUCCUGACCGAGUACCUCACGGAGCGGGCCCAGGAGGGGGCGGAGUUCGAGCGCGUGUUCUACGUCGGGGAUGCGGCCAAUGAUUUCUGCCCUUCCGUGGCUUUGACUUCGACUGAUAUCGCUUUCCCACGGAAGGGCUACCCCAUGCACCAGAUGACCCAGGAGAUGGAGAAAAAGCAACCCAGAGCCUUCCAGGCCACAGUGGUACCCUGGGAUUCGGCGGUAGAAGUUGGCUGCUAUCUGCAGGAGCUCCUCAAGAAGAAAUGCUGAGAAGGCCGAGUGGGUAGGAGGAGACUCUCUUGCUGCCCUUGAGGCAGCUUGGGGAUACUAUGCAGGAAAGAGGGAAAUCCAGGAGCGCUCCAUACCUUAUAAUGGCCCAGCUGCCUCCAUUUCUAGCUUUGCAGAGUUGGACUCUUGGAAUGUCUGGAUUUCUUCCCCCAUCCCUUCUCUCUUCUUUCAAAAAGCACAUUCUCUGGGUCUCCUUUUCCCCCCUUCUCCCCCUGAUCUUGAGACAAGGUCUUCUCUAUGCAGUGAGCACACCCGGCCAGCAGAAAGGGUGUUAGCCAGAUGGGUUUAUUUUUACCGUCGCCUUGAAUUCACGGAAGCGAGUCUUUUUAAGUAAUAAAACAAGCUAGUUCUCCCGAGGGCUACGAAGUGCCCAGG